AUGGUCAAAAUACAAUUUCUCUACUCAUUGGCAGUUGCUGCCUCAGCUCUGGCUGCACCUUCCGGGGUCUUCAGCUCACUCUCUUCGUCUCUCGAUAAGCGAGCUUGCACCAAUCCUUCAAACAUGCUCCAGAACGCCGGCUUCGAGUCAAAAUCUAUUAAACCAUGGGUCUAUGCUCCGUACUAUCCGAAGCUUACCAGUCAGAAGCUCGUGACUUCUGGCUACAAGAGCGACCAGGCUCUCCAGAUAUCUGGUUUUGCCACGACACAGAAUGAAUAUGGCUACAGCACACUUAAACAGAACUUCACCAACUGCAAGUUUGGAAAGUACCAGCUGUCAUGGUCCAUGUACCUCCCCAAGGGUGCAGCUCAAGGGUUGGACCCCCGUACACCUGGUAUGAAUAUCUGGGUCUACGAUCCCGCGGGCCAGGGCCAAGUGGGAACACUCUCCUUCGGACCCAAUUCUUUCAACACUUCACUUGGGUAUCCCGUGCAGCGAGGAACACACAAGGUGAAUCAGUGGGUGAACCUCUCGAUGAAACUGCCCUAUAACAUCAAUGUUGGCAAAUGUACCUUGGUCAUCAAUUGGUUUGUUCCAGGUCAAGAGACGGGCAAAGGAGACGGGAAGCUGACACUGAAGCUCGACAACUUUGUUCUAAAGCCUGCGAAAUAG